GCAUUUGCCCUUUAUCGCUUCAUUCCAUCCCCAGAAAAGCCACCUAAAGCUUCACACAGUCACACACUUAGUGGAGAGUGGCUGACCAAGCAGUUUGCUUAGCUGCUCCUCCCACCACGCAAAGGGCUUCUUAAUAAUCACCCGAAAAUGGCGAUUACUCUUAACAGCGGCUUCGAAAUGCCGAUAGUGGGUCUCGGUGUUUGGAGGAUGGAAGGCAAAGACAUCAGGAAUUUGCUCAUCAACGCCGUCAAGAUUGGCUAUCGCCACUUUGACUGUGCUGCUGAUUAUCAGAAUGAACGUGAAGUUGGUGAGGCACUUACAGAAGUGUUUCAGUCAGGCUUGGUCAAACGGGAGGAUAUUUUUAUUACUACCAAGCUUUGGAACUCAGAUCAUGGUCAUGUUGUUGAGGCUUGUAAAAACAGUCUCAAGAAGUUAUGCCUGGAUUAUCUGGAUCUAUAUCUUGUUCACUUUCCUAUAGCCACAAGACAUACUGGCAUUGGUACCACUUCAAGUGCUAUAGGCGAAGAUGGUAUCCUGGACAUUGACACUACUGUAUCUUUGGAGACUACAUGGCAUGCCAUGGAAGAUCUAGUUUCCAUGGGCUUAGUUCGCAGCAUAGGAAUUAGCAACUAUGACAUUUUCCUAACAAGAGAUUGUUUAGCUUACUCCAAGGUAAAGCCUGCUGUGAACCAGAUUGAAACACAUCCUUACUUUCAACGGGAAUCUUUGGUCAAAUUCUGCCACAAGCAUGGCAUUUGUGUUACAGCCCACACACCUCUUGGGGGUGCUGUAGCUAAUACGGAAUGGUUUGGCUCAGUAUCGUGUUUGGAUGAUCCAAUUCUUAAGGGUAUAGCCGAAAAAUACAAGAAGACGGUCGGUCAGAUUGUUCUUCGCUGGGGCAUUCAGCGAAACACGGUUGUCAUUCCAAAGACUUCAAAACUAGAGAGAUUGCGGCAAAACUUGAAAGUUUUCGACUUUGAGCUUGCAAAAGAGGACAUGGAGCUGAUAAAAUCUUUGGAUCGAAACUACCGGACCAAUCAACCUGCGGAGUUUUGGGGAGUAGACCUGUAUGCAUAAGUUGUUGGAUCGUCAUUUGUUGGAGGUACUUCUUUAUCAUUGCACCCUUUUUAUUAUUAUAAAACAGAACACGAUAAUAUUACCAGUAAAAUUGCUGGAAAUCUUACUAAUAAAAUUGCUGAAAACCGUCCGGUACAAUUUGCUUGACAAA